UUUGUCCCCACACGCCCCAGAGAGAGAGAAAGGGAGGGAUCGCCAGACUCCCUCUCCGGCGGGCAGACUCCGAGGCCCCGAGUGUGCCUGCCCGGCCGGGGUCCUUUGUCCCCCUGCCCGGUCCACGAUGCAGUCCGGCGGCGGCGGCGGCCCCGGCGUGGCGCUCAGCUGCGGGCUGGUCUUGGUCUUCGCGGUCCUGCUCCAGACCAUCUGCGUGGCCAUCACCUUCCUUUAUUUCACCAACGAGCUGCAACAGCUUCGCAGCACUUACUCUGAGAGCAACAUGGCUUGCUUCACCAGGGAGAACUUUUUCCUGGAGGACCUGGAUCCGUAUUACAGUGAAGACAGUGACCCCUGCUGGCAAGUCAAGCGGCAGCUCUCAAGAUUAAUUAAGAAGAUGAUGGCCAGGCACCGAGCAAAUGAAGCAAGCUCAUCGGGAGCAUCCUCAGCAAUAGAUCCCACUGCAACUGAAACAGGAGGUGCCUUUCAGAGUGUCGUACCCAGAGUGGCCGCUCACCUGACGGCUAACCCAAACAGAAAGAGUGCUUUAACCACACAAAAUACUGCACUGGGAAGCAAUCUCGGCUAUAAAAUAAACACAUGGGAGUCAUCCAGAAGAGGGAAUUCUUUUUGCUACAACGUAGAUUUGAGAAAUGGGGAACUUGUCAUACGACAGACAGGCUUCUAUUAUAUCUACUCUCAAAUAUAUUUUCGGUUCCGUGAACCUGAGGGGGUAGAACCUGAUUCAGACCCUGGCUCAGAUAGUGUCCGGAACCCAAAACAAAUGGUUCAGUACAUUUCUAAGUUCACUGACUACCCAGACCCUAUCCUGUUGAUGAAAAGCGCCAGAACCAGCUGUUGGUCCAAAAAUGCAGAAUAUGGACUUUACUCGAUAUAUCAAGGUGGAGUCUUUCACUUAAAAAACAAUGACCGGAUCUUUGUCUCCAUAAGCAGCAAGGACCUGGUAGAUAUGGACAGAGAGACAAGUUUCUUUGGGGCCUUCCUCGUCUUGUAGAGAAAGAAUCCACGAAGCUUUGAUAAGGAAGGAUGGGGUGAGCAAAGUGUGUGUUGGAUAACAAUUCCCAGCAUUCCUUCUCAUUGGUUGUCCUGGCUAGGAAUGAUGGGAACUGCAGUCCUGCAAGUUUCUCAUUUCUGCCGUGAAGGAAUUGUGUGGAAGAGGCUACAAGGAGAGGAUGUUAACUAGUGUUUUCUGCCUGGAGCAGCUAUGGACACCUGUUGACCAGUGCCAAGAAACAAAUGAAUCUCAUCAGUUUGGGCAAGGUUCCUUUCCAUGAGGAAAACCAGACUUUUGGAUUCGCCCUAUACACAGGACUUGUAAGAAAGGACAUGAGGUCCCUGAAGCAUUUUUAAAGAAGCUUUGAUUCUGGAGGGUUUUACAGCCUCUGGUCCAGAGACCCAUCUCAACCAACAUGCUGCACCUAAUGCCUCAUGGGAAGCCAUACAGAACAAGGCCUAAGGCUUGGCCUACAUCUGCACACAGCAUUCCUCGCUCUUUCCUUGUGUCUCCUUCUGGCACAGCAGAUCACCUUUGCUGGAGUGUGGCUGUGAUCUGUGGUAACAUGACCCCUCAAGAUUUGGAUAAGAGUUAUGCUUGGCUAAGUUCUGGCCAUUAUAAAUCUUACCAUGCAGAAUGACGAGCUAAACAGUCACAUGAAAGUAGACAUGGCCACUCUUAACUGCAUGUGUCAAAUCACCUACUGGAAGGCUGAUACCCUUCUUGAUGUGUUGCUAAUCUUUACACCUUUCAAGCCCAUGAUUCUCUUCAUUCAGUUUGUGACAUGGUAUCAUGAUACUCUUAAAAUUUGCUGCUUACUUCUGUCAUGCUGGCAGUUUUGCAGAAAAACCAAGUUUACUUUUUUUAAAAAACAUUGCAGAAUAAUUUCAUUGUUUGGCUGACACAGAAGUGACUCUUUUUUAAGUCACAGGACUAGAACUCUUCUACCUUGGCCACGCAGUCCCCCUUUAAAACAAGACUCCCUUCUGUGAUAUUCUCUCUAAUGAUGUAUGAACAGCACUAGCAAAAAUAUAGCUAUGCUCACUUUCACAACCCAUUCUGAGCCUAGUAAAAGAUAAACACUGGAGAUAGGGUUGCCACACUCAGCAAGCCUGAGCUGCAGAAAUAACCACAUUUUUCAUCAUCUGUGCACUGCUGUUGAAGACAGAGAAGCAAGGCUGAGUGAAAAGGCAGGUUACUCUUUAACGGUGCUAACUUUUGUCUACAAAGUUUAUUUUUUUAAGUGUUUUAUUCCGCCAGAAGCGUCUUUUUUAUGUCUUUUUGGUAGCAGGGAGAGACAUUGUCAAGGUAGGAAAGCAGAACACAAUUACUUAAUUCAGUUCUGAUAGCACCAAAUGGAGUAGUCAUGUUUUGACUAGCUGCCUGUCUCAUCGCUGUGUCGGCACCAUGUGAGCUGCGAGGGCCUUUGUACCUUUCCAGAUUAGCAUGGAAGGGGGAAAAAUUGAAAUCAGUGCUUCACCUGCAAAGUGCUCCCCACAUGUGCAACUCUUUCAAGGGUUCUUUCAUAUUCUGAAGUUGGCAGACUUCACAAUGAACACUGUAGGCACAAAUUAACAACGGAGUUCCUAAGACCCUUCGUUUCAGAAGAGCACUUUGAAAGGAAGCGACACUGGGAAUGAUUCAGUACCAAAAUGCACCAGUGAGAAAAGGUUUGCAGCUUUUCACUCAGUAGAGAUGACUACUUUUUUUAAAAAAAAGGCUAACAGAUCAUGUUUUAGCAAGUGUUUCAGUGCCUAUGGGGAAGUGAUUUCUAAUUCACUCAAGCUCAUGAUAAAAUAAAUCUGUCGGUCUUAAAGGUGUUGCGGGACCCUUUCGGUGGCCGAUGCAGGCUCCUCCAAUCGUUUGUAGAUCGUAUGCACCAGCCUUUUGCCUGCUGUGGAACAAGGAAGCUUGGAAACCCACCCACCAGAGGAAAUGGUUUCAGAAAGAGAAAUCUGUUGAGCGGGAAAAGAACUUUUUUUCCCAAAACAAAGUCAUCUGGGUGAAGUACUGGCAAGCUUGCAUAGAAUAUUGAUGAGCCAAGGUGGAUAAUUUGCUUGCUUUCUGUGCUUCCUAAUUCAGUUUCCUUAGCAUAUAUUUGUAAUGGAUGGAAGCCCGCAUCAGUUUUAUUCAGUUUGUCACAAGAUUAGCUUUAUUUAGGCUCACAAGACUUUUCAGCAAAGCAGGAUUAGGUGGGUUCUCCCUGCACUCGUCUGUCUGUGCCUUUCUAGUAUUCGCUGGUCCCGCUCCCUCAGGCUUAUUGGUAGCAAUGGUGAAUACCCUGCUCCAAGGAAGCUGCCACUCUAGCAAUCCCAUAAUGCCCAGAGAAAGUAUUCCUCUGGGGCAUUGCGGGAAAGCUAAAAUUACAAGACAGUUCCCCUGCCCUGCCAAUUUGUUGCAGUGAAAAGAACCUAUGUGCAAGGAGAACAGGCAGGAUUGCAGAUCUGGCCUUGGAAAAGCCUCAAGGUCUGUCCUCAGCAACCAUCUAAGAAUGCCACUGUACCUCUCUUUUUAAAAAAUUGUUAAUUUCCAUGUUCUUUCCCUGGAUCUGGAGGGCAGCCCUUGCUGACCUCCAAUCUAAAGCCAUUUCUCCGCUGGUUGUCCUCCUUUUAUUUUAUGGCCAAAGGAUCUGCCUUCAACAGUUCCAUGUGGAGAUACACCCCUGGUGGAAAAUGCUGAUUUUUCUGUGAGCCACACAGUGCUUUGUUUCACUGAUGCAGGGAGGCUGACAGUGGAGAUGGCAGGGAGUCCCUUUACGUAUCCCUUUUGCUGUUUUUAGAUUUAAAAAUGCUAAAUUGGCGAGGAUUCCCUGAAUGUCUGGCCUGAGUGAAAAUUGCCAUGUUUUUUAGUACUCUCUUGAAGUUGGUUGGAGCAACAUGACCCUUUUCACCCACCCACAAACACUUCCUGGAAGCAGACCUAGAAUAAAAUGACCCUGUUGGUGUCUUUCCGCUGCUACUUAAUCAUUAUUGUAGCUCAGUCUUCCCUGAGAGAAUUUCAGGGUGGCAUUUAAAAAUAUAACAAGAACCGAAAGGGUUUUUAUUCAGUUUCCAUUAUUAAAUCUACAGCAUCAUCCUGGGGAUUUUAUCCUGAGAGUUACUCCUCGUGAACAUGGGAGUUUUAUUUGAUCAUGUUUGAUCGCUUCAAAAACUAUUAAUUUCCAUUUGUAGCAAAUUUUGUUAUGUGUUGUAUGUUUUUAUAUUUUUUCAGGGGGUGAUAACUUGCAAAAAAAU